AUGGAUCCAUUUAAUUUAUCACGAUACUCGCAUUUAACUGUUCAAAGGGUUCAACCACCUGAAGAAAAGCCACUGCCUAAGGCUAUAGAAAAUGAAGAGGAAGAAGAAGAUGACUGUAGUGAUGAAGAAGAUGAUUUUAGUGGUAGCGAAGAAGAUACAAACAAGACACCGGAAAUUUCAAAAACUUCAGAUAAUUCCGAAGUAUCUGAUAUUCCUACAACAGUGGAUGAAAACGUUGAAGUCAAAUUAGAAUCGGAACACAUCGAAAAUGAAUCAGAAAAUGAGAGCAAUAACAAAGAACAAACUGAUGAAGAAAUUGAAGCCAACUCUAAGCGGAAAUCUGGCGAGGAAGAAGAUGAUCAAACCCCGAAAAAAGCCAAAAUGAAUGAUGAAAAAACUAGUGACGAAGAUCCAGAUAAUCAAUCUACAUCCGAAAAACGACCAACCAAUUUGAGACGAAAUAUUCGUGAGGUAAUGGAUGAAACAAAAUUAGAUGAGUCGACCUUGGCUGCACAAAGACAAGAAAUGGAAAGAUUGAGGCGGGUUCAAGAGCAACAACGUAUUAUUAGAGACGUCCAAAAACAAAUUGCAAUCAAUAGACAAAAUUCUAAAGCUCAGGAUCGUGUUAUGUCUUUGCUUCAAGGAGGAACUACAUCAUUAAUUAAAAAAAGUUCUGCACCUACUGAACCACAAGUCCAACCUAAACCUAAUACAAUUGUGAUAUCCACUGAUUCUGGAUCACCACAGAUAUUUAAUAAAAAAAUGUUAGAAAUAUUAAAAAAUCAACCAGACGCUUUAAAAGAAUGUAAUGAAAUUGAUAAAUUAUCAUCUAUUGCUUCAAAACUUGGAGAUGUUAGUGAACCACAUAUGGUAACGUCUUCUGUUUCAAUUGCUCCAAUAAAACCAGCAAAAAUAGCCGAGGUUGUAACUAUAAGUAGUGAAAGUGAAGAAGAAGGCGUAGAACAAAAACCUCAAAGCUCAGAUGAUGAUUGUAUAUUAAUAUCUGGUGACGAAGAAGAAGAAGAUAUAGCAGAUGAUGAUGCACACAAUAGUGGUAUGCACACAAAUGAUGCUUAUAAUCUACCAGAUGAGUCUGGACGUGUUCUUAUUAACGUUGGCCACCCAGAUAAUGAGCCAGAUGUUUUCUUAGCUCCUCAAAUUGCACGUAUUAUCAAACCUCACCAAAUUGGAGGUGUAAGAUUUUUGUUUGAUAAUGUGGUUGAAUCUCUUGAAAGGUUUAAAUCUUCUAAAGGAUUUGGGUGCAUACUUGCCCAUUCAAUGGGGUUAGGCAAAACACUUCAGGUUGUUUCAUUUUGUGAUGUUUUUUUAAGACACACGCCUGCAAAACAUGUGUUGUGCAUUAUGCCUAUAAAUACUUUACAAAAUUGGAUGGCUGAAUUUAAUAUGUGGCUUCCAUUACCUGAUGAUCCUAAAAAUUCGACAGAAAAUACAACUAAUAGUGGUGAUAUUAUUCAUAGACAGUUUCCUCUAUUUGUUCUUAAUGACUUUCAUAAGACUAUAUCCGCAAGAGGCAAAGUCAUAGAAAGCUGGCGGGUUGAAGGUGGUGUUUUGCUAAUGGGCUAUGAGCUUUACAGACAACUAACUUCUAGGAAACCAAGAAAAAAAAGAAAUAAAAAACAAAUUGAUGACGACUUUUAUGAUGAAAAAAAUAAACCAUUGCUUGAUGAAAUGAGAGAUGCAUUAGUAAAACCUGGACCAGAUUUAGUGAUUUGUGAUGAAGGACAUAGAAUUAAAAAUAGCCAUGCUUCAACUUCACAAUCUCUUAAAGAGAUUGAAAGUCGUCGACGUGUAGUGUUAACUGGAUAUCCAUUACAAAAUAACUUAUUAGAAUAUUGGUGUAUGGUAGAUUUUGUCCGUCCAAAUUACUUGGGAACAAAAACUGAAUUCAGUAACAUGUUUGAAAGACCUAUUCAAAAUGGUCAAUGUAUUGACAGUACACCUCAAGAUAUUAGGUUGAUGAGACAUAGAGCACAUGUUUUACAUUCUCUUUUAGAAGGGUUUGUUCAACGAAGAAGUCAUUCUGUAUUAGAAAAAACAUUACCACAAAAAGAAGAAUUUGUUUUACUUGUUCGUAUGACUCCAUUACAACGAUUGCUGUAUGAUCGAUUCAUGAAUGAAGUUGUACGGAAAAAAGCUGUACCUAAUCCUUUAAAAGCAUUUGCAGUUUGUUGUAAAAUCUGGAACCAUCCUGACAUUCUAUACUAUUUUUUGAAAAAACGCUCAUUGGAUGAAGCUGAAAUUGAUUUAGAUCUAGAAGAAGCUAGUACACCUUUGGGUACACCUUUAGGACCUACCCCAGCAACUUCUCCAUCUGCAGCAUCCAAACGAUCUAGGAGUCGAUGGCCAAAAGGAGGAGGAAUAAAUCCUAAUUCUAAAGAAUUAAAAAACAAUCCAAAUCGCAAGAACAUAAAAAAAGAUCAAAUGAAAACCCCGGCUGUAGCAACAGUUAUGCCAAAUACGAGUAAUAAUCAACUUAUUACUCCUACUACUCAUAAUCACAAUACCUCAACUGUUACUCAAUCUAUUCAAUCUAAUCAAUAUGAUGAUUAUUCCUCACAACCACAACAAUAUGGAGGUCAGGGAAAUUACACAAAUCAACAAUUGAACAAUUAUAAUCAAAAUUAUGAUUCUUCUUAUUGGAAAGAAGGAGGAAAUUUUUACCGAGGUAAUUCAGAAUAUUAUCAAUCCAAUCAAGGUUCAGAAACAAAAAGUCAAUAUCCAUAUCCUCAAGAUCCUAGACUUGAAGUUGGGGAAAUUAGAAUGGUGAAAAGUGAGCCAAGUUAUCAAAACUAUGAAGAAACCAGUUUCAGUGGUUCAAAUGAUCAAAAUCGUGGAUUUAAUCAAGAUACUACACAAGGAACACAGGAAUCCGAACAACCAUUACCCAACCAAGGUUUUUCUCCAGAUGUCCAAAAAGGGAACCAAGGUCAUUUUCCAACUCUGGGAAUAAGUCAAGAGAUUAUACCUUGUCAAAGUAUUUCAAACAUUCCAGGAUUACAAGCAGAUAAUAUUGAUCAAAUGGCAAUAUCAAAACAUAAACCAAAAAAUAUUCGAAAUCGAAAACCUACUAUAAAUAAUAAACAGAUCCAAAAAAAUCAAUCUAUGAUUGUAUCUAAUUCAGGAAUACAUGUUGAUAAUAAUUGGAACGAUAAUGAGAGCAACUUAAAAAAUCAGCAAGUUAUAUCUAAUUCUAAAGAAAUAUCAUUUAGGCAAGCAUUUAAUCAAGGAAAUAGUCAAGAAGUUCUUUCUAAUAGCAAUCAAGGAUUGUUUGCAAACAAUCAAGAUGUUUUAACAAGUACUAAUAAAGGAAUAUUUGGAAACUCUUCGAGAAAUAAUGAAGAUAUUCAAUUUAAUAAUAGCCAUACAUCUUUAACAGAAAGUAAUAAAGGCAUUUAUGGGAGUGGCUUAAUAAAACAGGGAAAUGACAGUACUACUGGUAUGGCUGUUAGUUUUGAGGGUAUAUUUGACAGCAAUCGAAUUAUGACAAAUCAUCAGAAAACCAACUUGAAUCAUCAGCGUGUGCAAAAUUCUAUUCCGACCAAUAUCAAUUCACAGAAUGUUAAUAGUAGUUUGAGUAAUCAGGGUACGUUGAGCAAUCAAUCUGCUAUUCAAGAUCAAGUAACAAAUCAUCAAAUAAUUGAUAACCCAAGGUUAAUGAAUAAUAAUCCUGUUAAUCAAGGGAUUAGAAGCCAAGGAAUGUUGUUGUGUGAUAAUAUUAACCAGGGACAAUUAACAAGUAGUCAAGGGGCUCAACAUACUCAUUCAAUGACUAUAUCACAUGAAAAUCAAGAAAUAAAUCAAACAUUUGUCAAUCAGCAGCAACAACAGCUACAACACCAUCAACAGCAACAGCAGCAACAACAACAACAGCAACAACAACAGCAGCAACAACAACAACAGCAACAACAACAACAGCAACAACAACAACAACAACAACAACACCAACAGCAGCAGCAGCACCAUCAUCAACAUAAUCAAGAACAACGGCAGUAUCAAAAUUCAGAUAAUGUAAUGGCUAAUCGUAGCCAGAUUCCGAUUAGGGAACCAUUCAUGAACCCUGAUAGUUCAAGUAAUAACUAUAAUAAUUAUAUGUUAGAACCCAAUCAGCAUAUUACUAAUCAGAAUCAUAACUAUGGAACUAUUUUACCUGACUCCUCAUUUCAAAAUCCUAAUAUUUUGACCGAUCAGAUGUUACAUGACCAAGAAAUGUUGUUAGCUAAUGAUCAAGCAAUGUUAAGUGUCCUUAACUCCACAACUGACGCCAAUGAACAGGCACUAUUGUAUAAUGCUAUGGUUGGCCAGCCUGAUGGACAGAGUUUGCUUGGUCUUUUAGAGCCGCCAAGCAUGUUGAACAAUCAAAUUAAUGAAUAUCAGCCAGUCUAUGGUCCGUUGCCAUCUAACGUCAAACCUGGGUUACCCGGAGGUGCUAAAACAGAUCCUGAAUCUAGUCAAUAUCCAAGAGCAACAAAUAUACAACAAAUUACUGGAAGAGGGGUUGGUUUAAUGUCUGGAGCUCAUAAUCAAAAUGAAGUGAAAAUGUAUUCAGACUCUAAUCGUUUCAACGUUUCAAAUUCUAAUGAGUCUUAUUCAAGAUAUUCAAAUUAUUCAUCUAUGUACCCUCCAUAUACUCCAAGUACUAGUACUCCAUUGGGAAGUAUAUCUGAUAUACUAGAUAAUAUUCCUGGACCUGAACGUAUAUAUCAACCACCUGAACGUAAGAAUCCAGCCCCUUGCACUAUGACCAGCCAAGAUGUAAAUCCAUUACCACCAUUUCGUUCGUUAGACAAUAAAACUAAAUAUGAAUAUGGUGGAAGUGGCAAUAAUACAGACAUUGAACAAUCUCACGAUGAAAAAAGUACUUUGUUCUCUAUAAAUAAAGAAUCAAGAUCUAUAGAAGAUACCAUGGAUCCAAAAAUAACAACAUUAGAGGAAGGUGAAAUAAAAAAUCCUUCACUUUUAAUUAAAAGUGGGAAGGAAGAACCAGGAAUACCAUAUGAUUGGGCAGUUGAAUUAUUUAAUGAUUAUGUACCUGGUAUGAUUGAAGCUUCAGCUAAGAUGUCAUUGUUAUUUGCGAUUGUUGAAGAAUCUGUUAGAAUUGGUGAUCGUGUUUUAUUAUUUAGUCAAUCAUUAUUCACCUUAGACUUGAUUGAAGAAUUUUUGCAGCGAAAUAAAAUACCUGGAAAAGAUGAACAUUGGUGUCGAAAUUGUGAUUAUUAUCGUCUUGAUGGCAGUACCUCUGCAUCUGAACGUGAAAAGUUAAUCAAUGAUUUCAACAUCUGUAAUACAGUCCAUUUGUUUUUGGUAUCAACACGUGCCGGAUCGUUGGGCAUUAAUCUUGUUGGAGCAAAUAGAGUAAUUGUGUUUGAUGCAUCAUGGAAUCCUUGUCAUGAUACUCAAGCUGUAUGCAGGGUUUACCGAUAUGGCCAGCAAAAACCAUGUUUUGUAUACAGAUUAGUAACAGAUAAUUGUUUAGAAAAAAAAAUCUAUGAUAGACAGAUUAACAAACAGGUAAUGGCAGAUCGUGUUGUUGAUGAAUGCAAUCCAGAUGCCCAUUUGUCUAUCAAAGAAGUAACUAAUUUAUGUUGGGAUGAUGGAGAGUCUACACCAAUCAAAGAUUUUUCGUCACUCAAAGAUAGUUAUAGCGAUGUAGUUGUGAAAUAUAUUGUUGAGAAUCUCAGUUCUGUGCUAACCAAGGAACCAUUUCAACACGAAUCAUUGUUUGUGGACCGUAAAGACAAAAAAUUAUCACAGGCGGAAAAAAGAUUAGCCAAAAGGAGUUAUGAAAUGGAGAAAAAAGCAAACACCAGACCUAUGUAUUCAUAUUAUGGUCAAAAUACUACAUCUUCAUUGUAUAGAAAUCAAAUGGGUAAACCAAUGGCUAGUGUACGUCCAAUGCAAUCAAUGUCUAAUACAUCAGCAGUAAUUGCUAGCAGAAAUGCUCUAAACCGUAGAUGGAUACCAGCUGAAGUCUGGCAAAAACAGGGAAUGAGUGCUCAAGAAAUGACUUUACCACUCGAUGUUGUAAUCCCAACAAAUGCUGGUGAUCGUGGUUCAAUUGUAUUGAAAGCAGGUCAAAAAGUAAUGGUACUGAAAAGUCCUAAAGGAAUUUAUAUGCAGUUGGAAAGCGGAAAAAUAAUUGCCAUCCGUACAUCAGCAAAUAAUAAACCUAAUAAUCCAACAGUACCUAGCCAACCAUUCAUCCCUCAACAACAAUCUACUCAUCCUUCUACAAUGACUUAUAAUAGGCCUCAGCCAUUAGAAAGUAGUUUUAAUCCAGGAACUAAAAGCGAUGCUUCUAUGCAACAAUUACGAAACCGUUCAAAUUUGUUAAGAAAUAAUCCUAGCAUUUCAAUAACGCCUAAACAUAUACCGCCACCGUCAAGGUCUGUUCAAUCUCCUUCAUAUAUGCCACCAACUCAUUCGUCUGCUGCUGUUUCACAACCAGCAUCACCUGCUAUACCAUCGUCUUCUACAUACCCUCCCAAAUUACCUUCUUCAAUAACAUUAACAAAAUUUGACCGACCUCAUAAAUCAUCUGAAAUAGGUAUACAGGCCGAUUCCGCAGCCAGUUCAUGUUAUGGACCUAGGUAUCCACCAGAAUAUCCAAGAUCAUUUGAUAAGUAUCCUGUUAGAAAUGAAUACCCCCCAAGGUUGCCUCAAUCUUAUAAUAAUAAUUAUCCACCGCAAUAUCACCGUCCCUCUUCUUCGCAAUAA